GUGUCCAUGACAAAUGCAAGCAAGGGAGAAAGGACGAAAUUAAAAAGAAAAAGAAAUCUCAUUUCAGUGUCAAGCGAUCUGCAUUGAUCUAGUUCAAGAUCAAAUUUCAUGAGCCCUAGGCAAGCAAAAUCCAGUGAAGCAAACAUACCCUAUCAACCAUGGAAGCUUAUCAUACUUUUAUGCUUUUCUUUAUCACUUGGCCGAUUCCUUUGGCACAUUAGUUUUCUUCUACUAGUCAUUAAUUAUAUUCUUUUCCCUUACUUUUGUAUAUGCUUAUUAUUUUGUCACCUUCACAUCUUAAUUUUCUCUUUCAAAUACAUGUCCUGAUCAUGAAAUCAACCAUCACACAAACACAAUUUCUUUCUUUUUUUAUUCUUCCUUUUCCUUUCCUUGGCACACAUUGAUAUUUGGUUUUGUGAAAAUUUGAGAUAUGGCUGCAGAAGAAGAGUCCAACUCUUUGCAGUAUACACCAACCUGGGUGGUUGCUGUUGUUUGUUUUUUCUUUGUUCUCAUAUCCCUUGUUGCUGAACGAGCUCUUCAUCACCUUGGGAAGAUCUUAAAGCACAAGCAGCAAGAUGCACUAUUUGAGGCAUUGCAAAAAUUGAAAGAAGAACUCAUGCUAUUAGGAUUCAUUUCCCUUCUAUUAACUGUCUUUCAAGGUCUAGUGAGUGAAAUGUGCAUCCCUACUUAUUACGUCUCCACGGUAUUGCUUCCAUGCAAGAAGCAUAGUGAAGGCAAAACUCCCGAAAAGCAUUUUCCUCGAGCUAUAAACCACAGGCGGCGCCUGUUUUCCACUGAGGCUGCGUCUGAUCAUUGUUCUCGUGAGGGGAAGGUCCCCUUAUUGUCAUUGGAAGCAUUACAUCAGCUGCACAUUUUCAUCUUUGUAUUGGCAGUUGUUCACGUUAUAUAUUGCCUCAUAACAAUGGUUCUUGGAGGAGCAAGGAUACGGCAAUGGAAACAAUGGGAAAACGAGAUUCAAGGACACCUAAAUGAUAGGCAUGUGGACGAGCACCAUACGUCUUUCGUGCAACAUGCAAAAGGUUGGAGAAAGACGGCAAUUUUGAGCUGGACUAUGUCAUUCUUCAAGCAGUUUCAUGGCUCUGUUACUAAAUCAGACUAUACAGCACUUCGAGAGGGGUUUAUCAGAGAACAUUGCCCUAGCAAUCCUAGAUAUAAUUUUCACGAUUAUAUAAUGCGAACACUCCAAGUGGAUUUCAAAAAGGUUGUUGGCAUAAGCUGGUACCUGUGGCUAUUUGUGGUGAUGUUUUUGUUACUGAAUGUGAAAGGAUGGAAUACAUAUUUUUGGUUAUCAUUUCUCCCUGUUGUUCUUCUACUUAUCGUGGGCACUAAGUUGGAGCACGUAAUCAUUCGCUUAGCUCAAGAAAUGAGUGAAAUGAAGGAACGAGGCGAAACGGCACAAGUUAAACCUUCCGACGAACAUUUUUGGUUUCAGAAUCCCAGGAUCGUUUUUUUCUUGAUUCACUUCAUCUUAUUUCAAAACGCAUUUGAACUUGCUUUCUUCUUCUGGAUCUUGUGCACAUAUGGAUUCCAUUCAUGCAUCAUGGAAAAACUGGGCUAUAUUAUCACUAGACUUAUAAUGGGCGUCAUCGUUCAAGUUCUGUGCAGCUACAUCACCUUGCCUCUGUAUGUUCUAGUUACACAGAUGGGCAGCUGCUUCAAGGAAGGGAUAUUUAAAGAGCAUAUUCAUUCGACUUUGACAACUUGGAGGUCAGGACCCAGAGAUCAAGGAAGCGGGUAGGGCUCCUCCGCCCCAAAUUCAGCAACAAAAACUGAUAGGCUACACAAAGAACCUUGUGAAACCUUACAAAUUGUGGAGCAACCACCUAUGUGUACCUCCAUACAAACACUACAAAAUUCAGGAUAAUUAUUUGGCACACGCUAAUAAUUUUAACCUUACAAAUAAAUUAAGAUUUUAUAUAGUAAUAAAUUUAAAAAUUUUCAAUCAAUCAUUUGUGUAUUGAAUAAUUAUUCCAAAAUUAAUAAUUUAUGUGCUACAUCAAAUACUAAAUUUAUUACUUGUUGUAUUUAAAUUGAUUUUAUUUUUAAAAA